AUGGGAAGAGGACGUGGCGGCAGAGGCGGUGGCCGCGGUAGAGGCGGAUGGGGAGGACGAGGUGGCGGCGGUGGUCGUGGGCCUCCUCGCGACAAUCGAGUCGACAAAAGUACCAUUUCCAGGCAUAAUGAGAAGUUCGAAAAAUACUACAAUCAGCUAGACCUGGUACCAGAAGAAGAUAAGGAGCAAUUAUGGGAAGCUAUGCGGCGAGAUCUGCCCAACAGCUUCCGCUUCACAGGUUCAAGAGUACAUGCACUGGCCGUACAGCAACGAUUACGAGACUUCUAUAUACCCGAGAUCACGUCCAUAAGAUAUGAAGGAGAGCUCGUCGACCCUCCCCAGCCAGUACCAUGGUACCCGAACCAGUUGGCAUGGUAUAUGACCACACCAAAGCACAUCAUUAGACGCUUCCCGCCCUUCAAAUCGUUUCAGAGCUUUUUGGUCGCCGAGACAGAUGUCGGAAACAUCACACGACAAGAGAUCGUCAGCAUGAUCCCGCCGCUGCUUAUGGACAUCAAGCCAGGCCACACAGUCCUGGAUUUGUGCGCUGCUCCGGGAAGCAAGUCAGCACAAAUUAUCGAGAUGUUGCACGAUGGCGAGGAAGAAAGGUCUAGAAAGGUUGCAGAGACUCUAGCCAGCGGCUCGUCGAGACCCGAGGGUCAAGACUACAAGGACGAUGGCAGAUCUACUGGCUUGCUGAUCGCCAACGACGUCGACUACAAACGUGCUCACAUGUUGGUCCACCAGGUCAAGAGACUGGCUUCGCCUAACAUUAUCGUCACAAACCACGAUGCAACCAUAUUCCCUUCAAUCAAGGUCCCCUCACUUCCUACAGCGGACGGCAAGCCCAUUCAGAACCGAUAUCUCAAAUUUGACCGCAUUCUAGCCGACGUGCCAUGCUCGGGCGAUGGCACAGCGAGGAAGAAUCUCGAGAUCUGGCAGAAAUGGAAUCCUAGCAAUGGCCUUGGUCUGCACGCCACACAAGUCAGGAUCCUAGUCCGGGCAUUGCAAAUGCUGAAGAUCGGAGGCAGAGUAGUCUAUUCGACGUGUAGCAUGAAUCCAGUCGAGGACGAGGCUGUCCUGUCGGCUGCCAUCCAAAGGUGUGGCGGCUCGGAUUUCGUCCAGUUGAUUGAAACUAAGGACUACCUACCGGGUCUGAAGCGCUUUCCAGGCCUCAAGAAGUGGAGCAUAAUGUCAAAAGCUGGAAGGAUAUGGAACAGCUACGAUGAAGUCCUCAAAGAGCAGGAGGCGAAAGGCGAAGAGGCUCUGAGCAAGCUUACUGAAAGCAUGUUCCCGCCCAAGGACGAUCUGCCGCUAGAACGUGCCAUUCGAGUCUAUCCUCACUUACACGACACGGGAGCUUUCUUCAUUUCAAUUCUCGAGAAGAAGGCUGAGAUCAAGGCCAAGACCGAAGAGAAGCCCGCGGCGACGGUCAAGGCACCUGCAGCAGCUGACUCGAAUGGCACUGAACCUGUCGUCGACACCAAUGCAGAAGUCCAAAUCAAGGAUGAAGAUGUUAAGGUCAAGGCCGAAAUCCCGAACGGAUCCUCCUCGCCGAAGCGCAAGCGAGUUGAAGACGCAGACAACGCAGACCAAGCCGACUCAGCAACCAAGCGCGUCAAAGUUGAGCUACAACCCGAUCCGCCGGCACUUCCACAAGUGGACGGCAACAGUACGUCUAAACAAAUAGACUCUGCGCCAGUAGCCUCAGUCGCCGCUCCUACACCGACCGCCAAUGGCAACAGCGGCGCCAAUCCCAAACGCAACCGCAACCAACCCUUCGAAGAGCCCUUCAAAUACCUCUCCCCCACCAGCACCUCCGAACUCACCGACAUCCGCAAAUUCUAUAACCUCUCUCCCGACUUUCCCACCGACCGUUUCAUGGUGCGCAACCCAGCCGCCACCGCCACCAAAAACAUCUACUAUACCACGGCCCUCGCCAAAGACAUUCUUACCGAAAAUGAAGGCAAGGGCAUUAAAUUCGUCCACGCCGGCGUGAAGAUGUUCGUGAAGCAGGAUGCUCCUUCUCCGGAGACUUGCCCUUGGCGGAUUCAGACGGAUGGGAUGAGGAUCGUGGAGAUGUGGGUUGGUCCUGAACGCAUCAUCAAGCUGUGGAAGAAAGAAACGCUGCGCAAAUUGUUGGUCGAGAUGUUCCCCCGUUUCGCGAAUGACGAGCAUAAGAAUCUUGGGGAAGUCGGACCGCAGAUUCUGAAGGUUGGAAUGGGGUGUUGUGUUCUGGUGGUGGAGCCACGAGCUGACGAAGGGGACAGUGGGUUCAAUGAGAGGAUGGUAUUCCCGUUGUGGAAGAGCAUUCAGAGUCUGAAUCUCAUGCUGCCGAAGGAAGAAAGGAAGGCGAUGUUGUUGAGGUUGUUUGGUGAUAGCCCGGAACUGAUCAACUCAAUGCAGCAGAAUCCAGGCGGAAAGAGGCCAGAGAAGAUGAAGAAGCCGGACGCCGCGACUGAAGGGGACAAAGCACAGGAUGUCAGGAUGCGAAACAGCAGUUCGCCGGAGAGCGACGCGCCUCCUCCGCUGGCUGCUGAGGGUGUGGAGGCUGAGGCAGUCGAUGUUGACGAUGAGGAAGAUGGUGGUGUGGCUAUUUGA